AUGGGGUUACUUGACCAGCUCUGGGACGACACAGUUGCUGGCCCCCGGCCGGACAGUGGCCUAGGGAAACUCAGAAAGCAUGCCACCUUUAGCUUCCGGCCCAACUCCGGCAAAGAUUCAGAAGCUACGAAUUCAAGAUCUUAUGUAGAAGAAGCGGGUGAGGAUGCAGUGAAGAUUACCAGAAGCAUUAUGAUAGUAAAGCCUCAAGGUGUUCAGAAAGACUCGCCGCCGGUUUCUCCGGCCGGCUCCACACCUCCGGUAUCUCCUUUCGCCGGUGCAGGAGGAAGAGAGGCCUUUCGGUUUCGUAGGAGGUCUGCAUCGUUUGCUGCUAGCGGAGUCGGACCCAGGAGCCCUCCUCCUCCUCACGACCUGUGA